ACUCAUAAAUUUCCGAGCUUUUGAUUCGCAUGAGGAUUUGAAUUGACAAGGAAAGAUAAAGAUGUCAGUGGAGAGAUCUUUAGAAGCUUGGGAAGAGGUUCAACGACAUGGGCAAGAUUUAGCUGAUAGACUUGCUCAGGGAUUUACGGGUUUGAUUCAUAUAAACCCACCUUCGUUUCCAUGGCCGCCUAAUCAUAAUCAUUACAAGGCGAAACUAUUCGAUCUCGAGUUCCCUAGUCAACAUUUCAGUGUUAUUAGGGAUUCUAGGUUUAGUAUCAACCAACCCAUCAACGGUGUCUCAGCGAUUCUUGAUAUUGGGAAUAAGAUAGGUCAAGCUGGUGUUGAUUUUGGUGCGGGUUUGAAUGUGAUGGUCCAACAAUUCUUCAGGAGGUUGCCUAUACCGUUCUUGCAUGAGGAUAAUAACAAGCUUGUUGUCUCUGUGGAUGGUGAUAAGAGUACAAGGAGCCAUAGAGCUUAUGUGAUCACAAAAGGUGAUUUGGGAUUGGCUGCAGAACGGUUGAGGGACUCAGGGUUUUCUAAGACAGAUGAUACUGCUUCUGUUACUAUGUCUGAGGAGGAAGUUGCAGAUUCCUAUCUAAAAACGGCUGGAUUGCUUGGAAGAUCAAAGGGAACAAUUGAUAUGUCAUCAAGUUAUGACAGUAGGACAAAUGGUAUGGAACAUUCAUUGGCAGCCAGAGGAGACCUCUGGAGGGUAGAAGCUUCACAUUCGAGUUCUACUGCAAGCGAUGGAAAUUCGUCUCUCUUUCUUCUCCAGCUUGGACCACUUCUCUUUCUACGCGAUUCAACGCUUCUUUUACCGUUACACUUAUCAAAACAACACUUGCUCUGGUAUGGAUAUGAUAGGAAGAAAGGUAUGCAUUCACUCUGCCCAGCUUUAUGGUCAAAGCAUCGAAGGUGGCUUAUGAUGUCAAUGCUCUCUCUCAAUCCUUUAGCUUGCUCGUUUAUGGAUUUGCAAUUUCCAAACGGGCAGUUGACAUAUGUAUCUGGCGAAGGACUGACGACAAGUGCUUUUGUGCCUUUUUGUGGCGGUCUUCUUCAAGCACAGGGUCAAUAUCCAGGCGACAUGAGAUUUAGUUACUCUUGUAAGAAUAAAUGUGGAACCAGAAUCACACCAAUGGUACAUUGGCCUGACAAAUCAUUUGGGUUGGAUCUUUCUCAACCCUUGGCUUGGCGUAGAUCCGGACUACUGAUGAAACCGACAAUUCAAGUCAGUGUAUGUCCCACAUUUGGUGGAAGCAAUCCGGGGUUGAAAGCAGAAGUUAUACACUCGUUGAGCGAUGACUUGAAUCUGAUAUGUGGCUAUGCACUCAAUGCACAUCCUUCAGCAUUUGCCUCUGUAUCUUUUGGACGGUCGAAAUGGAAUGGGAACAUUGGACGCACGGGAAUAGUUGUUAGAGCUGAUACUCCUCUUGCAAGUAUCGGCCAGCCUUCCUUCUCUGUCCAGCUUAAUAACGCUUUCGAGUUCUGAAUCUUUCCAAUAUAACAUAGAAAAAAAAGACUGUGGCUAUGUACAUAUGUUUCAAAAGACUUAAGACUGCUUUUCCCCUCUCGGUAACUUUUGUAUAUGGUAGUCUACUCGAUUAACCCUCAAGUCAGUGUCUGUAAGUCCGCCAAAUAUUUUCACCA